AUGUGUUUUCUCCCUCAAUCAGUUUGCAAAGGUUUGACAAUGAGGGGGCGGACCCUCAGUUUAUAUGAUUCUUCAAGUAUUGAAAGAAAAAGAAACAUGAAGGAAAAAAAUGCAAGUUCUGGUUACUUUGUUCUACUGGGUUUUUCUAACUGGCCUCAUCUUGAGUUAGUUCUCUUUGUGGUUAUCUUGAUGUUCUACCUGAUGACACUGAUAGGUAACCUGUUCAUCAUUUUCUUGUCAUAUCUGGAUUCCCAUCUCCACACUCCUAUGUACUUCUUCCUCUCAAACCUCUCUUUUCUGGAUCUCUGCUACACCACGAGUUCCAUCCCCCAGUUGCUGAUCAACCUCUGGGGGCCAGAGAAAACCAUCUCUUAUGCUGGUUGCAUGAUCCAACUUUAUUUUGUCCUUGCACUGGGAACUGCUGAAUGUGUGCUGUUGGUGGUGAUGUCCUAUGACCGUUAUGCAGCUGUGUGUAGACCUCUGCAUUACACUGUCCCCAUGCACCCUCGUUUCUGCCAUCUAUUGGCUGUGGCUUCUUGGGUAAGUGGCUUUACCACCUCAGCACUUCAUUCCUCAUUUACAUUCUGGGUACCCCUGUGUGGUCAUCACAAAGUGGACCAUUUCUUCUGUGAAGUUCCAGCAUUGCUUCGACUGUCAUGUGUUGAUACUCAUGCUAAUGAGCUGACCCUUAUGGUCAUGAGCUCCAUUUUUGUGAUCAUACCACUUAUCCUCAUUCUCAGCUCCUAUGGUGCCAUUGCUCAGACUGCGCUGAGGAUGCAGUCAACAACUGGACUUCAGAAAGUCUUUGGGACAUGUGGAGCCCAUCUUAUGGUUGUAUCCCUCUUUUUCAUUCCAAUCAUGUGCAUAUAUCUACAGCCACCAUCAGGAAAUUCUCAAGAUCAAGGCAAGUUCAUUGCCCUUUUUUAUACUGUUGUCACACCUAGCCUCAACCCUCUAAUCUACACUCUCAGAAACAAAGAUGUAAAAGAGGCAGUUAAAAGAUUAAUGGGCUGGGAUAGGGAGAUGUGA